AAUGGCCCGACGUCAGCUGUAUCUACCAGAAUCCUUUAAGAUUGCCUAUGGAAAAGUUGGACAGUACCGAAGAUUCCAGCAACUCAAGAAGAAAAAUGCCUCAUUCAAAAGGAAGGGGAUAGAAAGAUGGCAUAGAGCUGUGUCUACCAACUUACUAAAACAAAAGGUAUUGGUCCCUAAUGAGGAAUCAUCCAGUGAGAGUGACAUGAGAUUUCAUGAGAUUUCAAGCCAGCAAAAUCAGAAAAGAAAUUUGAUGACGAAAGUGAAGACUGCUUUUGGGCGGAUGCUGUCCUACAAGUAUAGAAGCAAGCCAGCAAGUGCCAGCAAAGAGGGCUCCGCUGACCAUGAGGAAGCCCUCCUGUCAAACACGCAGAGCCUUCUCCCUAGGAUUGUUAAAGAACUUCCAUCUCCCAAGUUAUUUACAACAAAAAUGAGAAAGUUCUCAGAGAAUGCGACUAUACAGCUUGAUGUAGAGGCAGAGACAAAGGAGAUAACUCGGGGAAAUACACUCCUACGAGCCAGGAGAACCACCAAGCGGUUAUCUGUGACAUCUCUUCCGUCAGGGCUGCAAAAGGGGCCAUAUUCACCAAAAAAGAGACCACAUUUUCCAGCACUUAAAAAAAAGAAGCAUCGCAUGGAAAACAUCCUCCGAAAAUCAGAUUUGACAGUAGGAAAGCUUCAAAUGCAGGUGGAUGACCUCAUAGAAACAGUGACUGAUAAAUCCAUGAAGCUACUGGCCCAAAGACAUGCUGAGCUUCAACAGUGUGAGUUUCUAGGGGAUGAAAUUCUUCAGUCUUCUAAGCAGUUCCAGAGGAUAUCCAAGAGAACUAUGAGGAAGUAUAAAUUAAAAAAUGUGUGUUUCCCAUGUACCUGCUGCUGCUUCUGA